CCAGGUCCACAUCUUGUAUUAAUUACAAAAAAAUCAAAAGUAGGUGAGAUUAAUGGUCAAUCAAUAUGGAGAGUAGAAGAUACUGAAACACAUGCAUAUGCACGAGCUUCAUUGCAUCUCACUGAAGAUCAGAAUCAAUAUGACAAACAGUACCUAUCGAUGAUACAAUCUUUUCUUCGGACUCCAUACUUUUAUUUUUCCACAUCUUAUGAUUUGAGUCACACAGUUCAACGAUUAUACAACACUAGUCCGGAUUUUCUUCAAAUGCCAUUGUUUGAAAGAGGGGAUCAAAGAUUUAUUUGGAAUCAUUAUCUAAUGAGGGACCUUUUAGCACAGCAAGAGUUACAUCGAUACUGGCUGCCGGUAAUUCAUGGCUUUAUAUGUAUAAAGCAAUGUAUUAUUAACCAACAUUCUUUUUCAUGGAUAUUAAUAUCAAGGAGAAGUUGCUAUCGUGCAGGAACACGUUUAUUUAUGCGAGGCGUUGAUACAGAAGGACACGUGGCUAAUUACAUUGAAACGGAACAGAUUGUAGAAUACGAUGGUUGCAAAAGUUCAUUUGUACAGACAAGAGGUUCUAUUCCAUUGUUUUGGAGUCAACUUCCAGAUCUUAGGUACAAGCCAAAACCAACAUUAAGUACUACUAACAAUCAGGUUGAUGGUUAUCACAGACAUUUCGAUAGUCAAUUGUUAACUUAUAAUAAACAAAUAAUUAUUAACUUGAUUGAUCAUAAAGGAAUUGAAGAAAUUUUAGAAACAAAUUUUGCAAAUGCCGUGAGAGAAUACAAUAAUCCUCAAGUCAGGUAUGUGUCUUUUGACUUUCAUAAAGAAUGUGGUCACAUGAGGUGGGAAAGGCUUUCAUUGUUAAUGGAAAGAAUUAACCAAGAUCAAAAUGAAAUGGGAUAUAUUCUUAUAUUUAGAGACGGUACUCUAUUACAACAACAGGAAGGUGUUUUUCGUACAAAUUGUAUCGACUGUCUCGAUCGCACAAAUGUGGUACAGAGUAUGUUAGCCAAAAGAAGUUUACAGAGUCAGUUAAAGAGGUUAGGAAUUCUAACAGAUGGUCAAAGAAUUGAAAGUCAGAGUCAUUUUGAAACAAUGUAUAAAAAUGUUUGGGCAGAUAAUGCCGACAUCUGUAGUGUACAGUAUGCAGGAACGGGUGCUUUGAAAACAGAUUACACCAGAACGGGGAAAAGAACAGUUUUUGGAGCCAUGAAGGACGGACUGAAUUCAAUGAUUCGUUACUACAAAAACAAUUUUGCGGAUGGAUUUCGGCAGGAUUCAGUUGAUUUAUUCUUGGGGAAUUAUCAAGUGGAUGAAAAUGAAGGAGUUGGUAAAAUAUGUCCUUUGAUGGAGAAGAAAGAACUUAAGAAUAUAAUUGUAAGAAAUUAUCCAGUCAUUAUACUAUUUGCAUUAGCCAUGUUUGUUCUUUCAUUUUUUAUACCUGCAGGUCAUCCAAUCGCAACGCUGGUGUGUAUGGUAUUCUGGGCAGCCAUGGUCGUGGUGGUUCUGACGUUCGUAUUGGUGUCCCGCACGGAGUUUGUAGACUAUCCCAAACUGCGUGAUCUGAGACCGAAAAUAAAACACGAGUGAAUGUCUCAUCCGGGGUAAAUCGCGACAUUCCCAGUCCCCCAUAAUUUAUUACGUUUGAUAAAUUUUGAUUCAAAGAAUAAAACCAAACCUUCUCCCUUAUAAUAAAUAAAACAGAGAGUAGCGUUACAUUACUUGUAGCCUUUACGAGUAGCUUCUCGACUAGCCUCGUUCCUCCACCGAGUCGGACUCAUUGCAGAAAGGAAAAUUCGGUUUAGACAAUAUAAAACAACAGACAGAUGAAACUUUCCACGUGGGUGAAGAUACGUUAUUUAAUUUCCAACGCUUUAUAAUAGCGCAUUAAGCGGAGAAGCAUUGCAACUUAACAAAGGACCAAUAUCUGUUGUUUUGUCCUUCCCUCAAAUUUUCUUUUCUCCUACCUUAAAAUUUCAUUUUUAUUGUUUUGAUAAUUCCGAAAUCAAAUUGCUGGAAAUUUUAUAUUUGUAUAAAGAUCUUGAGGUGAGAAUGUUAAGAGGAAACGGAGUCAUACUUUCAUCAUGUUACCCUUUGAUCAUAUAUCUAUAGAAUUGUUAUACUUUAAUAAUCCUAGCACCUUGUACUAUUAAAUAAAUAAAAUUGUUUAUCAAUAAAUGAACGCCAUAGUAUUUGAUUAAAAUGCAUUUGGACUUGUUCGUAAUGUUACCGUACCAUUAUUGAUAUCGUUGAUAAGUUUCGCUUAUUACAAUUAUUAGAAAUCUACAGAUUUAUUAUUAUUCCUUCUUUGUUUUUUCAAUCGGCACCAGCAACCGAUCCUGACAUAAUAUCGGAACUUUUCGGAUUUACACGAAUCGGAUGCAUAUCAAUGUAUCAUUUAUUUGGUCCACUUGAGUACAAGCUCAAGCCAAAACAAAUUGAACGUAAGCUCUGAGGCUUGAACUGGCAAAGAAAUAUUCAAGAA